AAACUUUGUUUUCAUUUCCACUUGCAAUGCUUACACCAUAGGCUCACAACUACAACACUAACAGCUGACAGUUCUUCUUCUUCUGCCUUAAUUUUCUCACAUUUUAACGAAUCUAGGACCUCAGAUACUUUCAUUUUAAAAAACAUCACCAUGAAGAGUCGUUUCAGUACAAUCGACAUUGCUGUCAUUGUUCAAGAGCUGAAAAGGUUUCUUGGCAUGAGAGUUGUCAAUGUGUAUGACAUUGACAAUAAGACAUAUCUGAUAAGAGUGGGAAAACCAGAUGAGAAAGAUGUGAUCCUCAUUGAGUCUGGUAUAAGACUACACAGCACAGAGUUUGACUGGCCUAAAAACCCUGCUCCAUCAGGUUUCUCAAUGAAGCUACGAAAACAUCUGAAAGGACGGAGAUUUGAGUCCAUCCGGCAGCUGGGUAUUGACAGAAUUGUGGACCUUCAGUUUGGCUCUGGAGAAGCUGCUUAUCAUGUGAUAGUGGAACUUUAUGACAGGGGCAACAUUGUCCUUACAGACUUUGAGUUCACCAUUCUGAACAUUCUUCGACCUCGAACAGACAACAGCCAAGAUGUGAGAUUUGCUGUCAGGGAAAUUUAUCCAGUAGACAGCGGGAAGGAGCACCAUGCACCUACUCUUGAGCGGUUGCAGGCACUGAUUCAGUCAGGGAAAGACGGAGAUGUGCUUAAGAAGUUAUUAGUUCCGCACCUAGAUUAUGGCCCAGCCAUCAUAGACCAUGUGUUGUUAGGUGCCGGCUUCAAAGAAAACGUCAAAAUAGGUCAAGGUUUUCACCCAGAUGCUGACAUGUCCAAGCUGUUGACUGCCAUUGAAGAGGCUGAGAGUUUACUUCAAGAUUUCAUUUCUAAACCUUGCAAAGGACAUAUUAUCCAGAAGAAAGACCAAAAGCCAAGCUCUGCAGGGGCAGAGUCUGGAGAAAUCUUAUUAUAUGAAGAAUUCCACCCAUUUUUACUCAGACAACAUCGUGAUAAACCCAUGGUGGAGUUUGAACGCUUUGAUCGGUCUGUUGAUGAGUUUUUCUCUAAACUCGAAAGCCAGCGCCUGGACUUAAAAGUGAUACAACAGGAAAAGACAGCUUUGAAGAAGUUGGACAAUGUGAAAAAAGACCACGAGAAACGCAUCCAGGGUCUCCAAAAGGAACAGGAAUCUGAUGUGUUACGUGGUCAGCUCAUUGAGAUGAAUCUGGAUCUGGUGGAUCAAGCUAUCUUGAUUGUGCGCAGUGCUGUGGCCAAUCAGAUUGACUGGACGGAGAUCUGGAACCUGGUCAAGGAGGCGCAGCUGCGAGACGACCCCGUGGCCAGUACCAUCAAGGCUCUCAAGCUGGAUACCAAUCAGAUAACACUGCUGCUACAUGACCCAUAUGUGGCUCCAACCGAUGGGGAUGACUCGGAUACUGUGCCCUUGAAACCCAUGAGAGUGGACAUUGAUCUGGCUCUGAGUGCCUACGGCAAUUCCAGAAAGUACUUUGAUAAAAAGAGGCAGGCAGCAAAGAAACAGCAGAAGACUGUGGAAGCCUCAAACAAGGCCUUUAAGUCAGCAGAAAAAAAGACGAAACAGACACUGAAAGAUGUUGCUGUGGCUGCAAGCAUCAACAAGACUAGGAAAACUUAUUGGUUUGAGAAGUUCUUGUGGUUCAUCAGCUCGGAGAACUACCUUGUGAUUGGUGGCAGGGAUCAGCAGCAGAACGAGAUAAUAGUCAAGCGUUACAUGAGGCCAGGUGACCUUUAUGUCCACGCAGAUCUCCACGGAGCCAGCAGUUGUGUAGUGAAGAACCCUACUGGUGAGCCCGUUCCGCCCAAGACGCUGAACGAGGCUGGCACGAUGGCCAUCUGUAACAGCGCAGCCUGGGACUCAAAAGUGGUCACCUCGGCCUGGUGGGUUCAUCACGACCAGGUCUCCAAGACAGCUCCCAGCGGAGAGUACUUGACCACUGGAAGUUUCAUGAUCAGAGGGAAAAAGAAUUACCUGCCUCCCUCAUAUUUGGUAUAUGGAUUUGGCUUUGUGUUCAAGCUGGAGGAAGGCAGCAUAGAGCGACAUCUGGGUGAGAGAAAAGUGAGAGCAGUGGACGACGACGCCAUGUCAGUGACUGACUCGACCGUGUCGUCAGUGCCUGGCGCGGAGGAUGUUGACAUCGAGAUCAGUGAUGAUAGCGACGAAGAUGACGACAAUGACGAUGCCGCUGGUGCUGAGAAUAAGACAGAUGCUGCAGCUGAGGGUGAUAAGUCUAAAGUGACUGACAGUGUUUCUGAUGAUGUUCCCUUGUCAAGUGCAGUGUCGCCAGAGGCAGGUGCUACUUCUGCUCCAGCUGGCGCUCCAAAAGAAGAAGUGAAAGAAGAUGUUGUGGAGCAGAAAGCUGGUGCGGCUGGUGGUGGUGAUGAUGGAGAUGAUGCAGACGAUAUGGCUUUCCCUGAUACCAACAUUGCUUUGACUCAUGUGAAGGGUGACAAGUAUGAACUUCAGAGAGAGGUCAGCACCACAAGCACUGUCAGCGAGGCGUCAGACGUGUUUGACCUCGGUGAUGGCGUGCCAGUGUCCUUAGGACAGAAGACAUCGAGCAAAACUGGAAAGAUCUCAGCAAAGCAAAGACGGGACAUGAAGAAAGGAAAGAAAGGCAAAGGAGGAGGUCAAGAGGAUGAAGAAGAGGAUCAGGUCUCUUGGCUACAUCCCAGUAAGCAAGAGAAGGAAGAAGAUGCUGCUGAGGGUGCUGAAGAGGAGGGAGAGAGUAAAGAGAAGGGUCCCCAAGGUGUGCCUCCCAAACGAGGUCAAAGAGCAAAGUUGAAGAAAAUGAAGGAGAAGUACGCUGAUCAGGAUGAGGAGGAACGCAGACUGAGAAUGGAAAUUCUGGCUUCUUCUGGUGCCCAAAAGGAAGAAAAAAAGAAGAAAGGGAAGAAAGGCAAGGAGCCACCACCACCGGCUAAGUCACAAAGGCCUGGUUCUAGUCAGAAACCUCCUGCCAACCAGGUCAAAGCGCAAGGUCAGAAGGUGCAGCAGGGAGAUGGUGCCUCUCAGACACAGACAGUACCUGCUGAUUCUGCAGACACCUCCCAUAAAAGUUUGGACAGACGAGAGGAGAAAGAUCCUAAGCCAAAAGCUUCUGCAAAAGAGGAUCAUGAAUCUGAUGGAGAAAAGGAGGAGGAAGGAGCAGCUCAAGAUGACAUGAACAUCCUGAACUCAUUGACAGGCCUCCCAGUGACGGAGGAUGAGCUCUUGUUUGCCAUCCCCAUGUGUGCUCCGUACAACGCCAUACUUAGCUACAAGUACAAGGUAAAAUUGAUGCCAGGCUCCACAAAGAAAGGCAAAGCUGUCAAGACAGCUCUCAACAUGUUCGUUCAUGAGAAGUCGGCAUCACCACGAGAGAAGGACUUGCUAAAAAUACAAAAGGAUGUUGAUUUGUCUAGAAAUGUACCAGGAAAGGUGAAAGUGGCAGCCCCGAAUCUUCACAAAAACAAGAGAUGACUUCGAUCCUAAAAUUGUCAUUAGUUUCAUUAUUUGUUUUCAUGUUUAUUGUGUUAAAUUCAGAUUGUGAGAAACUUGUUUCAAACUGCAGACAGGUGAGCUCUGUGAUAUUUUGUCCUCUUCCUUCCUCUCUCAAUUAUCCUAUCUAGACUACUUUAUAGAGAUGUCUUGCGGGCUUGUAAAUUCUAUCUUGAUUACGUUCUGAUGACUGGUAGGCUCUAUGCUUUCACUUUCUGUUUUUUCUUCCUGUUUUCUGUUGUCUUUAUCUUCACUUACUUUUUGACACUUGAUUUAAGUUGAUAGCUGUGAUUUCAUUCAUGUUAUAUAGGUCAGUGUUUGUACACGUGUAUAUCCAUCAGUGAAUGUCAUGCCUAAAGACUUUCAGCCUGUCAGGUCUGCUUUAACCAGUUUUAUUAUAAAGGCGAGUCCCAGACCUAAAUAAACUCUCUCUCUCUCCCUCCCUCCCCCCUUCUCUCUCUCUCUCUCUUUCUUUCUCUCUCUCUUUCUUUCUCUCUC